AUGAAGGCGUCGAUGAAGUUUCGCGAGGAGCAAAAGCCUCUCAUUAGGGCUAAGGUUCCUCUGAGCAUCUUAGGUUUGCCGUUUCAAUCUGGAAUCGUCGCCGGAGAAUCGAAGGAGCUCAGCCUCAACCUCUCCACCUUCUUCGAAUCCUGGCCUUCUCUCAAGCUCGCUUACCGUCCAAACGACUCGUCGAACCCUUUCUCACUCAUCGUCAAAACCGGGACUGGAUCUUUCGGCUCUCCGAUUUCAAGCUCCAUGCACAUGAGCGCCGAAUUCAACCUCCUCGGUAAAGGAAACCCUAGCUUCAUGCUUCACUUCAAACCCCAAUUCGGCGACUUCUCAAUAAAAAAAUCUCACUCUUCGACUGGCCUCGAGAUGAAUCUGAUCAAAUCGAUGAAUGGAUCCGUUUCGGAAGAGGAUUCGUCGAUCGAGGUGGUUGAUUCCCCGCCGAUGAACGGAUUAGGCGGAGGAUUCAGAAAAGUCACGGUUCUCCCAUCAACCUCCGCCGGAGACAUCGCCGGAUUGCUAACCGGGGUGGAGGUCGCGGCGAGAACGUCUCUGCCUGUGAGAGGAAAAGCCGUUUUGAAUUUCCGGUGGGGCGUUAGGGUUCCUACGGAGAUCAGGCGCGAUUUCGAUCCAACGUCUGCGGUUUCGCUGAGGAGAAUCCCGUUUCUCGUGAUGAACAAAAUUGGGAUCGAGCACGUGAAUGGCUCAGAUGCUAAAGAGGCCAAAUCAACGAGCAAUCCGGGUAAAGUUUCGGGUCCGGGUCAACCCAAAACAAGUACCGACGUGUCGGAUGUGUAUUUGGCUGUGGAGGAGCUUCGAUCGGAGAACAGACAGUUGAAGAGAGCCGUCGAAGAUCUCCAGGGAGUAGUAUCAAGCGCCCGUUCAUUCACGCCGGCGACAAUUGAUUACGGAUCGCACUCAAAGUACCAUGAGUCCCAGAGGAGCAGCAACAAGAACAACAACAACGGGAGAUCGUCAGAUUACGGAGGGAAGAAAAGCAAGGAAGAGGGUGACGUGGCGGAGGAGCUGAAGAAAGCCUUGAAAGGAGCUGCUUGA